UCACCUCUGGAGCUGUAAAACCUUAAAUGACAGCAACUUCAUCCUGGCCAACGCUCAGGUGUCGAAGGGCUUUCCCAUCGUCUACUGCUCCGAUGGCUUUUGUGAGCUCACAGGCUUCUCGCGGACGGAGGUCAUGCAAAAGAGCUGUGCUUGUAAGUUCCUAUAUGGGCCUGAGACCAGUGAAAGCAUCAUUCUCAGCAUUGAUGACGCCUUGGAGGAGCGCAAGGAGUUUAAGGAUGAGAUCAUGUUCUACAAAAAGACAGUGGUGCUGUUCUGGUGCCUGCUGGACAUUGUACCAAUUAAAAAUGAGAAGGGAGACGUGGUGCUCUUUCUGGCUUCAUUUAAGGACAUCACCGACACUAAAGCCAAAGCCAUCCAAGAGGACAAGAAGGAAGAGCGGCGGCGCGGCAGGGUGAAAACAGGCUCUCCAUUCAGCUCAGCGCGUCUGCGGAGCAGCACAGUGCUCUACCACAUCUCUGGUCACCUCCACAGCAGAGAGAAGAGCAAGAUUAAGCUCAACAAGAAUGUGUUCGGGGAUCCGCCUGCUUUGCCAGAGUACAAAGUAGCAGAUGCCAAGAAGUCCAAAUUCAUCUUACUUCAUUACAGCACAUUCAAGGCUGGUUGGGAUUGGCUGAUUCUGCUUGCCACUUUCUACGUUGCUGUGACUGUGCCCUAUAAUGUGUGUUUCAUCGGUGAUGAUGACGACCUGACCCGCAGCACAACUGUCAGUGAUAUCGCAGUGGAGAUACUGUUCAUCAUAGACAUUGUUUUUAAUUUUCGCACCAGUUACGUCAGCAAGUCGGGUCAGGUGAUCUUUGAUGCUCGGCAGAUUUGCAUCCACUAUCUGACCACAUGGUUCAUCAUCGACCUGGUGGCCGCAUUGCCCUUUGAUCUGCUCUAUGCCUUCAAAGUCAGCGUGGUGUCUGUGGUCCACCUGUUAAAAACGGUGCGCCUGCUCCGUUUGCUGCGGCUGCUCCAGAAAAUGGACCGCUACUCGCAGCACAGCACAGUGGUCCUGACCCUGCUCAUGUCCAUGUUCGCCCUGCUGGCCCACUGGAUGGCCUGCAUCUGGUACAUCAUCGGCAAGAUGGAGAUAGAGGCCAACGCCUACAACUGGGAUAUUGGAUGGCUCCAUGAGCUGGGGAAGCGUCUCGAGUCACCGUACUACGCCAUAGGAGGCAUGAACGGGACCAGCAACGGUCCAUCCAUCAGGAGUGUCUACAUCGCCUCACUCUACUUCACCCUCAGCAGUCUGACCAGCGUUGGCUUCGGCAACGUGUCUGCCAACACUGACGCCGAGAAGAUCUUCUCUAUUUGUGUCAUGCUUAUAGGAGCACUGAUGCAUGCAUUGGUCUUUGGUAAUGUGACAGCCAUUAUCCAGAGGAUGUACUCACGCUGGUCCCAAUACCACACCAGAACCAAAGACCUCAAGGACUUCAUCCGUGUCCAUCACCUGCCGCAGAGCCUCAAGCAGCGAAUGUUGGAGUACUUUCAGACAACCUGGUCAGUCAACAACGGCAUCGACUGUAAUGAGCUGCUGAAGGACUUCCCGGAUGAGCUGCGAUCCGACAUCACCAUGCACCUUAACAAGGAGAUCCUGGAGCUGUCGCUGUUCGCCUCUGCCAGCCGUGGCUGCCUGCGCUCCCUGUCGCUACACAUCAAGACUUCCUUCUGUGCUCCUGGAGAGUACCUCCUCCGACAGGGCGACGCACUCCAGGCCAUCUUCUUCGUCUGCUCGGGGUCCAUGGAGGUGCUGAAAGAUGGCAUGGUGCUGGCUAUCCUGGGUAAAGGCGACCUGAUUGGGGCGAACCUGUCCUUAGAUGACCGAGUGAUAAAAACCAAUGCGGACGUGAAAGCUCUGACCUACUGCGACCUGCAGUGUAUCAACCUGAAGGGGCUGUACGAGGUGUUGGACCUUUACCCAGAGUACUCGCAGCACUUUGUCCAGGACAUCCAGCAGGACCUCACAUACAACCUGAGAGAGGGACACGAGACACAUGUCAAAGCCAGACUGUCCACAACACCUCUAGAUACUCAGUCAGAGGGGAGAAGGAACGGGCGAGUGAUUCAGGGCUAUCCGCCCAUCAUUGAGGCACAGGAGGAACAUGAGGAAGAUGAGGAGGAGGAAGACGAGGCCAUGUCUGUUUCUCUGUCAUCGGAGCAGAACCGAGCAGUGAACCUCAGGGACACCGGUGGGAAGUCUCCACUGAGCCGGCCCAGCCAGAAGACCACAGGACAGAGCUCCAGGAGGUCUCGGAGGAAGGUCCAGGAAAUUACUCUCACCACUUUAGACCCUUCCAACCUGAGUCCCAGGAUAGUGGAUGGUACUGAAGACAGUGAGGGGACAGAGGGUUCCCUGGCCUUCUCCUUCUCCACAAACCGAGGUUGUCCUCUCAACGAACCAACCAGUGCCCCAGCAUCUGCCACAGAUAUGCUGCAGAUCAGCACAGCAGAAUUAGCAGCUAAAGCAGAGGAGACCAGAGGACAACUGCGACACCUCGACCAGCAGGUGAGCACCCUCGGGAGGGAAGUGGCCGACCUUGGUCGUGUCAUGAAGAGAAUGGCCCAACUCAUGGAGACCCUCAUGUCAUCAGUACCACAUGCUUCAGUGGUCUGCCCCACGCACUACUCCCCAGCACACCACAGCUACCUGCCCCAUCCUAACCCUCCACCGUCUUACCCUUCCCCGUCCUCGUCUCAGACUGCCUCCACCUGGACAGACACGCCCAUGUCAUUGCCCUCAUCUCCCCUCACAAUUCCCCAGCAGCAUGGUGCAAUAUGCCACAUGGACUCUCUCACACAUAGACCCCAGGACCUUCAGCUUGGGUACUCCAGCUCAAGUCCACCUCUAACCCCCAACACAUCUGCCUUUCAACUACAACACUCCCCUGUCAUUGCGGAGUCUCACCUGCCUUCCUCAUCCCUCAGCUCACUGGAGACUUCUCACUAUGAAGAUGGGGUUUCUGAGUCCAUCAGGUCAAGGGUAUACAAUCCACCUCCGCAGGACGGGGGAGAUGAGGGCCCUCAUCAGAGCUCUGGGUGCUCUCCUCAAACUGGACUUAGGGGGACCUACCAGCACCAAACCAAGGGUUUGUAGCGGGCCUCCAUCUGAACAUUCCUGGACUCUGCAGGAAUUUUUUCCAGGACAUUUUUCUGGGACAUGUUCCUGCACUAAAGAUCAAACUGAUCAUUGGAGGACAUUUGCAGGGAUGCAACUUAGAUUUCUUUUGUUUUAAAGGCACGUGUUUAAAAAUCCGGUUGCAUGAAAACAAGUACAGAAGGUUUAGGUGUGUUAGCUUUACCUUAUAGAAUCUUAGUGUUGUUAAACAGGAUGUAGAAGUUUGGGUCAGUUGUGGAGCUGUAUAAUGGCAGCUCUCUGGAUAGAGUCCACUCCCAACCCCCCCACCUUGAGGCUCCCUCAGAGAGCAACGGCAGGAUUGUGCCAUAAUGGAGGACAAGAGGGAUACAGUGUAGGAGGAGAGACUUCUUUCUGUUUCUUUCUUUCUUUUUUUUUCGCUCCUGGCUAGAGAUGGUUUCAGGUUGGCUGGUUUGGUUGGAGGAAGAGAAAGCAUCAUGAGUGGAGGUGGUGGGCUUUGGAGAUAAGAAACCCCAAGGACCCCACCUCCCACCCACCCACCUCUGUUAUUUCCUCUCCUUUUAACCCUUCUUUCUUUGUUCACUCAACCUGUGCCAGAUGCUCUGGAUUACGUGGACCAGUGCGUGGCUGGUUGGGGCUGGUAGGACUGGGAGCACAGGAUGGUGUGAGGAGAGAG